GACGCGAGCUUUUCCGGCCUGGGGAGGAAGAAAUGCCCUGUGGGCCUGAGCACGUUUCCCGCUGGGGCUGAGACGCUGGGCUCCCCGGCGCCUGGCAGUAGCUGUCCGCACUGCCGAGGAGCGCGGCCGCAGGGGGCACGAGCGGGGUCGGUGGCUCGGCGGCUCUGUCAGGGUCCGGUCCGGUCCAGGGAAGACGGCGGCAGCCGGGAGAGGCAGCCCGGACGGCUGGUGAGGUGUUGGAGAGGACCCGCGGUGUGGACACUGCGGACAGGAGGCGGACUUCCCCUGGGCAGUGAGGACGGUGCCCGUGGGUUUGCUCCUGCUGGUGUUCUCUGCGUGUGUCUUGCCUCCUAGUGUGGCCCACAUGCAGGAGAGAGAGGAGCGGGUCUUAUUUUGCAGCUCGGGCACGGACCGUACGUGUCGUGGUAGUAAUGAAAUGAUUCCGAGGAAGAGGGGUUAUGCGCAGGCUUUUCUGACCCCACGGAUCCCUUUUAAAUUAUUCAGCCCUCAUUACCCUUUUGACAGCUAUGUUCUCCAGGUGGUCAUCCGGCGGCUUCCUCCCAGCCUCACCAAGGAGCAGCUGGAACAGCAGCUUCGCCCGCUGCCUGCGCACGACUCCUUCGAGUUCUUCACUGCCGAUCUCAGUCUUUAUCCUCAUCUCUACUCAAGAGCAUACAUUAAUUUUAGAAAUCCUGAUGACAUCCUUCUUUUUAGAGAUCGUUUUGAUGGAUAUAUCUUCAUUGACAGUAAAGGCCUAGAAUAUCCUGCAGUGGUAGAGUUUGCUCCAUUCCAGAAGAUCGUCAAAAACAAGCUAAAGAAAAAAGAUGCCAAAACUGGAAGCAUUGAAGAUGAUCCAGAAUAUAAGAAGUUUUUAGAAACUUACUGUGUGGAGGAAGAGAAAACCAGUGCUAAUCCUGAGACUCUUCUAGGGGACAUAGAGGCAAAGACAAGAGAGCUUAUUGGCACUCUGCUGCAGCUCCCAGACGUACCCGUAGUGCCUCCCUUCCUGUCUGCCUCUGCCCUGUGCGCUGCUUCCCCUUCAGGCCCAGUGCGCCCCACGGCUGUGUCCUGCAGGACAGGACGAAUGCACUGGAUAAUUCAUCUCCUUGUUUGUCCAUCUCCCUCACCUAGAAGAACCACACCUCUUUUGGAAUAUAUUAAAAAUAGAAAGUUAGAAAAGCAGAGAAUUCGAGAAGAGAAGCGAGAAGAACGAAGGAGAAGGGAGUUGGAAAAGAAACGCCUACGGGAAGAAGAGAAAAGGAAAAGAAGAGAGGAGGAAAGAUGUAAGAGAAAAGAAGCAGACAAGCAAGAGAGAAUGGCUGAGAGAGAAGUGAGGAUUAAGCUGCUUAAGAAACCAGAAAAGGGAGAGGAACCAACCCCUGAGAAACCAAAAGAAAGAGAAGAGGAAGUUGAUGCUGGAGAUGGAAGGUGGGAGCCCUGUCCCCGCUGCGCAGUCGUGAGGCCCAGGCCCCCGGAGAGCUCUCGGGAGGAGCUCCGGGAAAGGUCACAAAAUGACAGUGAUAAAGAGCAGAGGGAUGUGGAGAGAAGAUUUCGAGAAAAAGACCUUGAAACACAAAGACAGCACUUGGAUGACAGCAGGAAGCACAGAGCUCACUAUGAGUUGGACAAGAUUUCAAGAAAAAAGGAAGAGGAGCCAAAAUGGGGGGAAGGAUUCACCCCAGACAGAGGGCAGAAAGGGAGCCAGGACGGCGGGGUUGCUAUGGAGGCAGCAGAGAGACCAGUGACGGAGCAGAGCGCAGGCGGCCCGGCGCCUAGGAAGGAGCAUGUGGGAAACAAGGACCGGCCGUCCUUGCAGCUCUACCAUCCGGGCGCUCGCAGCCGCGCACGCGAAUGUGGUGGAAGAGCCUCUGAGGAGGGCCGUGACGGAAGGAGGGCUGAGGCAGAAGAUUCGACGGGGGCUGGUUCCAAGAAGAGCAAAGAGGCAGAGUGAGUCAGCGCGCGUGCCAUGUUUGUGACACGGCUGAGCUCCCGUUCGGCAUUCCAUGGAUUCGAAAGGGCACUCCGGAAAUGUAUCAAUUAGCCUGGAAUAUAACCUGCAAGUUGAAUUUACUCCUUACAAAGAAACUAGAAACUGGAACUAUAAAGGUGGUGUAGAAACAUCUAGAAACCAUUCUUAAGAAGGAAGCAAUCUUUUUAAAAAUUGAACUGAGUUUUCCUAGAUUUUACCAUUUCUAAUAUAAACUAGUAAAUAUUAUUUAGCCAAAACAGAGAAAAUAAUCUCCUUUGGACAGUAAAAUGUGAUCAGAGCCCCGUGUGAGCUCCGAAUCACUGGCACUCUGAGUGGGACGCGUUUGUGAGCAGUGGUCUGUGGGUCUGUGUUGUGGUCUCUUGUGGGUUCCCAUGAGCCGUGGUUUCUGGGGGGUGAGCAGCUCUCAUUCCCUCGCAGCCUUUGUAACUCAGCCGCUCCCGCGCCUCUGUCACGAGUGUCCCCCGAGCUGCUGUUGGAGCCCCUCUGAUAGGAGCCAUGACACUACACGGAGCCCAGCAGCUUUAAUUAUUACAUUACAGCCCUGUUAACAAUUUGGCCACUGACUCGAUGAAAAUAGUUUCACAGUCUUUUGAUGGAUGUGCUCGUGGUUUAUAACCAUUGUGGUCUGAGGAUUGCUAAGACACAUAAGUGGCAGUAUCUGGGGACAGGGAUAACUUAGGUGUGGCAUCUAGCAUUUUUCUUUUUGUAUUCUGAAGCAGUUUUGUUUUAAAAUGACCGAAUCUAGCUUUCUGCAGCUAUGCAUUCUACAGUAUUUUUUCCUUUUAGUGAAAUUUUUAAAUGUUAAUGUAUUUUUGGCACUGUGCUUUGAACCAUUUAUUAAAUAAAAAUUUUAGGUACUAUG